AUGAACCAGGCAAGAUUCGGAAAAGUGGACGCUAUCCCACGAUUACAGCUUUUCAAAUGUGUGCACGCGACCUGUGGAGCCACAUUUACGCGUCAGUGGCGCUUGAAGGAGCACGAGACAGUACACACCGGAGAGCGACCUCACAAAUGUCCGGUCGAGGGAUGUGGGCGCCAGUUCUCACGCAAGUCGCACCUCAGCAGACACGCGCUGAAACACGGAGAGAAAAAGAUCAGGUGUAACGUCACAAAUUGCGCCAAGAUGUUCUUUAAUGCGGACAAUAUGAAGAGACACGUCCGCUAUGCCCACGGAGAGAAAGACAAGUAUUUUAAGUGUACCUUUCAAAACUGCCAAGUUACCUUUCGAAAGCGACGUAUGCUCAAGCUUCACCUGGCCGGGCACGGCGUUUCCAAAGGUUUCAGGUGCUCGAAGCCAACUUGUGGAAUGACGUUUGACACGCAUGUUGCCCGAAAAGCUCACGAGAAAACCCACGCAGGGUACUGCUGUCCUCACACUGAGUGUCAGGUAGUUGAACAUACUUGGGGAAAACUACAGAAGCAUAAAGCCAAGCAUCCUGCCUCCUUCUCCUGCACAGUGUGUAAGAAGUCAUUUGGGAAACGUGACUCCCUGCGCCGGCACAAGCGGAGCCACGCCCUGCAGAAGCCUGUGCUGCUAUGCCCCAACAAGGGCUGCCAGGCCUACUUCUCCACCACCUUCAACCUGGAGCACCACAUCCGCAAGGUUCACCUCCAACUGCUCAGUCACGUAUGCUCCUUCCCUGGCUGUACCAAGGCCUUCGCCAUGCGGCAAAGUCUCGUCCGUCACUUGCUUCAUCAUGACCCUGAUGCCAGCAAGCUGAAGCAGCACAAGCGCAGCAGUAAGGGCUGGCAGAAGCGGCUGGAGGGUCGACGACGGGGCCCCCUGGUGGAGGAGGACCUGCGCAGGCUGUUUGCACUACGUAUGCGCAUCUCGCGCAAAGCCAAGGUGGAGGCCAACCUUUCCAGCCUCUUCAAUGAACGCAAGAUCCCACACCAUGUUGAUCCAGAGGUCAACCUGCGGGACCUUUUCAGUAUUAAACAUGUCAGGAAGUGAAGGCUUAAGGCUUGCCUUCCCAUGAGACCUGGUUUGGAUACCAGGGGUUUUGGAUGAGGGCAGCAAGUCAAGUGCCUAGUAAUGCAUUUAAGUGAAUAAGAACCUUUUGUUGCUGUAGUCUUUUAUUUCAAAUGUGUGAAGGCAAUUACUGAAUUGGUACUGGCUAAACAAAGCAUAAGUUGUAUGUAUUGACCUGUACAGCUUGAAGGUUUUGGGUGUAGUUUUUUUUCUGCAAACUUGUAAUCAUUUAACUUAUUCUUGGUUGUAU